AUGUACAAUCCUUACCAGCCUCCCGGAAUUUAUGGGAGACCGCCUGACUAUGGCGCAUAUGGCGCACCUCCGGGGAUGGCGCCUCCUCCAGGGAUGGCCGCGCCCGGAACCGCUCCCCCCUCGGGCAUGCAACAGGCAAACAACCAGCAGCCUGGUCGCCCCGGGGGCUUCCCCGCGAAUUUCCAGCCCCCGCCGAAUAUGCCAAACAUCAAUUUCUCCGCGCCGGUCAUUCGACUGGGCACCUCGGGCCCUGCGAAACCCGCAGCGCCAGAGAUGGGCCGGGAGCGUGGACCGGAGGGCCCUGGCCGGCGUGGGGGUCUUGGGUCGGCAAGCAUGGAGGGUCAGCGCCACCACCCUCGCGAUGCCAUGGUGCAGCUCCAGCCCCCGACGCGGGACGAGAUUGUGCGCACGCUUUUCGUCGGUGGCAUCACCGAGGGUGUGGGUGGAGACGAGGGCAUUGAGCGAAUCAUGGGAUCGGCGGGACAUUUACGGCGAUGGAUUCGUGCAACGGAUGCCGAUGAGAAGCCCUGCCGGUUUGGCUUUGCCGAGUACGACGACCCCGAGAGUCUGGAGACGGCGGUGGAGGUGUUGAAGGACGUCGAAGUGCCAGUGAAGAGACAGACACCGCGCGCAGAGGGCGAAGAGGAACAGGAAGUUGAAAAGAGCACGCUUCUGGUUGUCGUAGACGAGAGCACGACCAACUACCUGGAGCAGUUCAAUGCCAGCCGAGGCGAGCAAGAUCCCGAAGAGCGCCAGUCGCGCUUUGAUCUCUCCCGCAGUACCCUACAAACCGUCCUAGCGGGACUCUUCCACCCGGCUACCCAGACCCAAAAAGAGGAUGUAUCGGCGGUUGAUCGGGAAGGGGACGUCGAGAUGAAGGAGGGCGAGGUGACACAGGACGGAGAGGUGGUCACCAUCCCCAUCACCAUCGAAGACGAACUGGCCGAUAUCCCACCUGAAAUGCGUGCCAACGUGGCCAAGGAAAUUGCGGCGUUCCGCGAGCGAAGCAAUCGUCGGGACAUCGAACGACUGCGGCGCGAGGAGGAGAUCGAGUCCAUGGAGCGUGCGCGCAAUGCGGGCUCUCGUAUCAACCGGCUUGCCUCCCCACCUGCGUCGGCUCCUAGCGGCCCCGCUGGCGAUGCCAACGGCAUUCCCUUGGGCGCGCGUGACCGGGGCAUGCCCAACGCACCGGCCGGUCCGAAAGGAUUCGGGGUGCAGAUUCCUAAGGACUACCAGAAAGGGGUGUCAUUUGUCAAUGGCGGGUCGACAAACGGAGCUACAGGCUACAUUGAUCGUGAAGGUGAAGAAUCCGAUGCUAGUGACGAGGAGCUGGAACGCCGGCACCAAGCGAAGAAAGACGCCGAAAAAGAAAAGCAAUACCUGGAUCAGGAGCGCCGUUGGCUCAAUCGCGAACGAAGCCGAACUGCAGCUCUUGAGCGAGAGAAGAAGCGGGACAAGGAGGAAGACGGGAAAUUGCAGGCAGCGCAUGACGAGAUGGAAGAUCGGCUCCGCAAUUGGAACGACGACAACGAGGCCAGCCGGAAAGCCUCCGAGUACUACGCUGACCGUGGGGCCUGGCUCCGGAGUCGGGCAGCCUUCCGGGCUCGCGAGGCGAACCUGGACGAGACUGACCGUGCUGCCGAGGAGCGCGAACGGGCCCGUGCGGCGCACCAACAGGAACAGGCCCGCGGCAUGGCCGAUGACUUCCUUGCCCGCCAAGCAGAGGAACUGGAGGCCCGCACCCAGGCUCCCCGCGAGCCCCAGCGCUUCAAGUUGUCACUGGGUGCUGCCGCACAAAAGGCCCAAGCCGCAACCUCGCGCCGUACCGUGGCCGAGGUCGAAGGCCUGCUGGAGGACGAGGAGGAGCCCGCCGCAACCACGCGCCGACCACUCAUCCCGAUCAAAUUCGACUCUGCUGCCGAAGCCGCCGGCCUGUCGGAAGAGGAACGAGCCCAGGCCGCGCGCCAACUCGCCGCAGAGAUCCCGGCGGACAAGGAGGGAUUGUGGAAGUGGGAGGUCAAAUGGGAGUUUGUUGACGAAGCCGUCCUCAGUGACCAGAUCAAGCCGUUUGUGGAGAAGAAGAUCGUCGAAUAUCUGGGUGUGCAGGAACAGAUGCUCGUGGACGUGGUGGAGGAACAUGUGCGCAAGCAUGGGUCUCCUCAGGAACUGGUGGAACAGCUGGAAGAGGCUUUGGACGAGGAGGCCGAGGUGCUGGUCCGGAAGCUCUGGCGGAUGAUCAUCUUCUUCUCGGAGAGCGAGAAACGAGGGCUGUCGGCGUAA